AUGGCUAAUGAAUCCACGCAGGCUAUCAUUUCAACGCUCACAGGGCGGAAAGGCAUGACGAUGUUCAAGCCCCGGCGUAUCUGGUCUGGUUUUAUCAUCGCUGGGGCUUUUCUCAUCGUCGGGGUUACAAUCCGACUACUCGAUAUCUCCAGUUACGGACUCAUAAUCGCAAGGAUAUCGGACAGCGGCUACCACCUUUAUUUCAUCUGGGAAUGGAUCAACGUGGUUGCUGCGAAGGGACAGUUCCAGUCGGGAAAAGAGGCCGGCUUGAUGGUGAAGACCUACCUUAUGGCUCGUAUUGUCUUAACUAUAGCGGCCUCUGUGUUCUUGCUUUCAUCGUCCAAUGAUUUCAACCUCAUGGCUACUGCUACCAUCCGUGGUGCGCACAGUGUAUUAUAUACCAUAUCGCUUGUCCCCGCAGAGUUACAUCGGAGUCCUGAGGUUGAGGUCGAGCUGGAGUCGCACGGGAACAAGUCAACUUCACAGUGGCACCCCGACAAAGACCAAGGCACCCCAGAUUACGCAUUCCGCGUACCUAGUCAAGAAACGCUGGAUACUGUGUGA